AUGUCAACAGUGUAUAUGGCUGCGCGUGAGUCAAGCACGAAUGCUGAGUCACUGAACAGACCGAUGCGUCGUUUUAUCACAGUACUGUUGCUUGUGGCUUUGACCCAGGCUAAGCCACAAUUCUUCGGGCUUUCUCAGAGCUACGGCGUCCCACAGAAUAUUGCACUGUUUCCAGCCAUCCAACCCUAUUCCCGCCCCGGCCCCCGCUCCCCCACCAGCCCCCACCUCCAGCUACGGCCUCCCCACCUCCCCAGCAACCCCUUCCCCGAUGUGAACAUCGGCCCUACCAUUCCUCAGGAACCUUCCGGUCUCUACGAAGUCCCAAGCUCCGACUCCAACAACAACCCCGUGGCCUCCUGCAACCCGAGGAUCGAGGUCUCCGUCGUCACCACCACCAGGUUCAUCCCCAGCACCGUCAUCGAGACCCGCACCCGCGCCCUCCCCACCACCGUCUACUCCGAAAUCACCCAGACGCAGUACUUCCCAUCCACCGUCGUCACACAGCAAGUCAUAACCUCGGUUGUUCCUCCAGUGAUCCAGACGUCCACUGAGGUCGUGAACAACGUCCAGUACGUCACCCGUGCCCAGUACUUCACCCAGACCUCCUACGUCACCGACACCCAGAUCCAGUACAUCACCGAGACCCAGACCCAGUUCCAGACCCAAUACCAGACCCAGACCCAAGUCCGCACUCAGACCCAGUUCCAGACUGAGUUCCAAACACGGUUCCAGACCGAAACCCGCACCAGCACCCAACUCCAGUACAUCACCCAGACCGAGCGCGUCCCCGAGUACAUCACCCAGACCCAGACCCAGAGGGUUCCCGAGUUCAUCACCCAAACCCAGACCCAAGUCCAGACCCAGGUCCGCACCCAGACCGUCACCUCCACCCGCGUGCAGAACCAGGUGAUCACCCAGACCGUCACCAGCACCCGUCUCCAGAACAACUUCGUCACCCAGACCCAGACGCAGGUCGAGACCCGCUUCCUCACCCAGACCGUCACCUCCACCAGGGUCCAGAACAACGUGGUCACCCAGACCCAGCAGGUGCCCCAGUACAUCACCCAAACCCAGACCCAGCGCGUGCCCCAGUACAUCACCCAGACCGUCACCCACAUCCAGAACAACGUCGUCACCCAGACCCAGCAGGUGCCCCAGUACGUCACCCAGACCCAGACCCAGAGAAUCCCCCAGUACGUCACCCAGACCGUCACUCGCACCGAGACGGUCCAGGGUAACUGCGGGGGCGCCUCCAGCAACAACCCGACCACCAUGAUGGCUGGAUACUAUUAAGGGUCAAAAGCACUGCCUUCUGUAUGGGAAAAUAGCCCUUGCAUCUGUGUUAUUGUUAAAUGUACGUUCGUAAGUCAAGGAUUUUAUGCUUAAAGGUUAGAUUGUAAAGUGUUAUCAUCACUAUUAUUAUUUUUUAAUUCCAAUUCGAUGAUUUUCUUUUCUAUAAGAUAAAAAUUCAAGUAUAUAAACAGUAAAAAACAAAGAACAGGGGCAAAAGAAAAGGGAGAAAGGGAUAAGGAUUAGAAAUACGAAGCAGAUGCUAUAGCAAGGGUUACCCUAUACAAAGGAAUUGCUUUUCGACGUUCAAAAUAAGCUUUAGUAUCGUGGUUUUCACACGGGUAUUGUGCCACUGUAUAAGAUGGUGAUAGAAAUCUAUGACAUGUCCAUUUCUAUUUUCAUUUGGGUUUACAUGUGGGCAAGUUAUGUGAUGAGUCUUAUUUUUUUAUGUGGAAGCAGGUGUGUGUUAUCAUCCUGCUUAAAGGCAUAUUUCUCUAUUUUGUAUUGUACCAUAUAUUGAAAAUAUACUUUUGUAU